AUGCAUAUCCUGGUAGUCAAUGAUGACGGCCCGCCCAACAGCCGCCUCUCGCCGUACAUUCGGCCUCUCGUAGACUCCCUCGAAGCCGCCGGCCACCAGAUAUCCGUGGCCAUCCCCGCGGCAUCGCGGUCCUGGAUCGGCAAAGCACACCUGAUCGAAGCAGCCCUGACCGCAAGCUACGUGGACCGCGACGCAUUCCGCGACGACGGUACCUGGGACGAGCAGCAUGCACCAUCCUCCUCUACAGAGAACCAGGACUGGGUGGUAGUCCGCAACGGCACACCAGCCAGCUGUGCUCAGCUGGGUCUAUACAAUCUCUUCACAGACCGCCCACCCAUCGACCUGGUGAUCUCGGGCCCGAACCACGGACGCAACGCCUCGACGAUCUACAAUCUGUCUUCAGGAACUGUGGGCGGGGCCUUGGAAGCUGUGUUCUGCGGGAAACGCGGGAUUGCCGUCUCCUUCGGCAGCAAGGAUGCACAGCCCGCGGAGAUCAUUUACGCCGCCGCGAGGCUGGCUGUGCGGUUGGUCGAUCAUCUGGUGAGGAACUGGGAUCCGCGCGUGGAGCUGUAUAAUAUCAACAUCCCAAUGCGCGAGGACGUCGAGUCUCGGCCUGUUUGCUAUACGCGCACUCUGCCCUAUUACUGGUCGAAGGGGUGUCUGUAUGCCGAGGCGGGUGGUGAUUCGAAGAUGGUGAACGGCACAUCAUCCAAUGGUGUCUCGUCGAAGGAGCAGUGCAAUGGUGUUGCGGUCAACGGACAUGCUGAGGCGCCGGGCCGUAAGCAGCGCCAUUUCAAGUGGUCUGCUGAUCUGUCUGAUAUGAAGAAGAGCCUGCAAGCCAGUGAAGAGGGUACGGAUGCGCAUACCGUGCUGAAUGGGUCCACCAGUGUGACUGCUCUUCGUGCAAAUUUCUGGCACGUCCCCGGCCUCGAGGGGCCAUUGCACCUUGACCAAUAG